AUGUAUGGACAUCAGUCGAUUCCAAGAUCGGUAAGUGCCGGACAGUUGAACGCGAUGAUGUCACAUCCUGGAAUGGUGAUUACUUCACAACAAAUGAUAAAUACGCCUCAAGGUGUAAUGGUUUCUCAGGCCGGCUAUCCGCAAGGUAUAAUCAACACCGCUCAACAACAGAUGAUGCCAUCACAGACUCAUAUAAGUCAACAAAUGAUAAAUACACAUAUGGGUGUUGUACAAGGCCUAAAUCAACAAGGGCACAUGAACGUUCAACACCAACAAAUGCAACAGAUGCAGCAAGUUCAGAUGGCACCACAACAAGCAUAUAUUCAGCAACAAGGUAUGUCGCAUCCAAAUUUCGUGAAUGGACAAGCGCGGAGUCCAGCUGUUGGACCUGGUCCACAGGGAAUUUCACAACAAGGAACACCAGGUAGACCAUCUUCAACUAGUGGACCGCCAUCAAAUAACCCCCAAACACCCCUGAAUGUUAUGUCAACCUUAAAUCCAUCAUCACAGCAAGUUUCUACACCUGCAACUCCUCAACAAGCUCCGUCAUCCGUACAAUCUACUACUACCCAGGAUAACAUAUCAACACCUACCAUAGUACCACCAGAUCCGGUAUCAUUAGCCAGGAACCUAUUACUGCGAGACCUUCGGUAUUCGCUACAAGAAUGGAGCAAAACAGCUGCUGAAGUGGUACGGCCUUCGACUUUACGGCAGGAUGGAUCCAGCAGUGCGAUGCAUAAUCCAAUGUCUGUGAAUCCGCAGUCAGUGAAUCCGCAGUCCGUGAAUCCGCAGUCCGUGAAUCCGCUCUCAGCAAAUCCAAGUUCAGUAAAAUCAUUAGAUGAGCCAAAGUCGGUCGAAAAUUUGGAAAAAAAGAUUUUAAGUCCAAGCGAAGCAUAUAUCAAUGCAUUUGAUUAUUUCCUUGGAACAUGUGAUCAAAUUGAAAAUGAUAUUAUGGUUGUGCAAGAAGCUCAGAAGCAGAGCGUUAAAUUUGAUAAAAUGUUUGCUGGUGAACUGAAAAUAGUUGGUGAAAUGGCGAAUGUGAAUUAUUCGCAGUAUGCCCAAGGUUACGUGGAAUCAACGGCAAGGGUUCGGAAUGCGAUUACUCGUACUUUGAAGAAUCUCAAUGCCACAAUGGAACGAAUGAAUGCUGCAAAAAUUGUUCAAAAAGAUAUUGAAGAGAAGAUGGCGAUGUGA